UGGUCGCGCACAUCUCUGCAACUGUACCUCAUCCUACUCACAGCGUGCCUUAAUGCUACGGCUUCCGGAUUUGAUGGCUCCAUUUUCAGUACCAUCAAUGCGAUGGAUCAAUAUAAAGCAUACUUCCACAAACAAGAGACUGGCAGCUCCACUGGUAUUAUCUUCGCCAUCUACACAAUAGGGAGCAUGGUAGGUGCGAUGGCGACAGGAGCCGUGAUGGAUAUGUUUGGUCGUCGAGCUGGCAUGGGUAGUGGAGCUGUCAUUAUCAUGAUAGGCGCAGUCGUGGUGACCGCAGCCAAAACGGAAGCAUAUCUGCUUGGCGGCCGAUUUGUCCUUGGACUUGGGAUCGCUUUGGGAACCUCUGCCGCACCAACAUAUGCGAUUGAGCUUGCGCCUCCUCAGUGGCGAGCUAGGGUAACAGGGUAUUACAAUACUUUCUUCUACAGUGGAUCAAUCCUCGCUACUGGGGUGACAUAUGCAACGGCAAAACGCCACACAUCGCUUGCUUGGAGACUACCCCUGGCCCUGCAAUGCAUUCCGCCACUUUUCAUCCUCUUGGGGUCUUUCUUGAUCCCAGAGAGCCCUCGAUGGCUCUGUGCUCGUGGUCGAAUUGAGGACGCUAGAAAAAUCCUGGCCAAGUACCAUGGCGGCGGAGAUCCCGAGCAUCCUGUAGUGCAACUGGAGAUUCGUGAGUUUGAGGAGUCCAUCAAACAGGGGAAAAAUCGAAGUUGGUGGGACUGGAGAGAGCUGGUCCAUACCCAUAAUGCUCGAUGGAGACUUGCUAUGGUGACCCUCAUGAGCUAUGGUUCUCAACUGUCGGGCAACUCGGUAUUGACAUAUUAUCUGCCCUCGAUGUACAAGCAGCUAGGGAUCACUUCUACCGAUCGUCGACUACUAUUGACUUUUGCGAACAAUAUUGUGAGCUGCGCUGGCGCUGUGGCUGGCUCGGCGACAAAUGAUCGCGUCGGACGUAGGACCAAGCUCUGGGUGGGCUCCUUCGUCCUCGCAGGACUCUUCGCUGCUGUGACCGGCUUUUCUUCGCAGUUCACGACAAAGCAUGGAGCAACGGGUGCUGGAGUAACGUUGUCAAAUGCUGGAGUUGCAUUUGUGAGUGGCUACAUAUCUCAACCAAGUCCCAGCCUUGUGGACACAUCUUUGCUGACCCCCAGCCAGAUCUUUCUCUUCGGCUGCGUGUACUCGUUUGUCUAUACGCCGCUCACAGCAACUUAUUGUGCUGAAGCAUUAGACAACCAUACGCGAGCCACCGGCAUGGGCAUUCACAUCAUCAUGAACAAUACCGCGAACUUCUACAAUACCUAUGUCACUGCGGUCGCUCUCAAGGCAAUUGCUUGGAAGUACUACCUCGUCUUCGUUGCACUCAAUGUCCUCUACGGCGUCUUCUGGUUUUUCUUCGGCGUCGAGACCAAAGGGAGGACGCUCGAGGAACUUCAAGAAGUCUUCGACGCGAAAUGGCCGCCACGUGCUGCUCUCGAGAAGAAGAAAAUGGUCAAAGCCGACGAUGGACAUCUUGAUAAGCUGGAAGAUAAUCGCGUCCGCGAGGCGUGAAAUGCAUGGCUCGAUCUCGAGUGAGCGAAUCAAGUGCGCCGAGGGUCCUGAGCUCGCAGUAUGUAUUGGAACUUGCAGAAUGUCGUGCCAUACCUCGGAACGGGUUGGAUGCUACUAGCCCACUGUUUCUUAGUAAUUUGUUAGCUAAGACCGGGACGUAUAUACACACUAAGUUCUUCUCAACU